GGCAUCACCUCCAGCAAUCGACAUACUCGCCUUAUGAAGUUUGCUUUUGAAAUAUGGAAAAUGGUCCAAUGUUAAUAUGGAAGAUUAUGGAUGUGGGAAAUAGAGUGAGAAAAUGGCAGACCUUGUCAGUCUCUAUUUCAAUAUGAGAUGAAGCAGAAACGUGGGCAUAUACUUACUUUUUCCGCCCCCUCUCAUAUCCCAGAUGUAUAUAAUCUCGCAAUAAUCCGAUUUCUAACAUCCGCUUUCUGUUCAUCGGAUCACUCACACUCUUUUCCAAUCACUCGCUACUCUAACAAACAUCCAACUUCGACGUUCAAUAUACACUUCAUAUACAAUAUCCCAAUCUCAACUUUCAACGCACCACUCAUCGAUCAACUUUCUCGCUAUAGGCCACUCUUGAGAAUUCAGCAAAGCAAAAUGCAUUUCCAUAUUUCCUUCCUAAUCGCAGCCCUCCCUCUCAUCUCAGGCGCGCCCACCAAUACUCAGAGGCGCCAACUCGACACUCUUCUCGGCUUGGGUACAUCCAGCAGCCCACUCGCAUCCGCAUCCGACUUAUCGGGUCUCGGUUCUCUUCUUGGAGGUAGUACCGGAACGGACACAACUUCAGGACUUGGUUCCUUGGAGAGUGGUCUCUCGUCUUUGGGUUCUUUGGGCAGUGGAACGGGUACCUCAUCAGGACUUGCUUCGUUGGAAAGUGAAAUUUCAUCGUUGAUGGGUGGAACUGGUACACUUACUGGUGCGAGCGCUUCUUCAAGCGAGGACGCAUUGAGCUCUUUGUUGAGCGGAUUGGCACGAAAGGAGAAGAAAGUCUAGUUUUGGUGUAAGGUAUUUCAUCAUAGACUUUGGGAUGAGACAUUUUGGGGUCUGAGAAACCUUGGUGAUGAUGAUGUGGCUGGAAUCUUUCUAUGUUGUGUUGGCUUUUCAAACUUCUGGUCAAAAACCGUACCAAAUUGCAGUCUUUAAAGCAAGAAUGACAGAACUUUUGACCAAAUACUGCCGUGAGCACUUGACUCAAGCUCUCUUUUUUUUUUCUGUGACCACAAUAUGUCACUGCUCGCUGGCA